ACAGUGAUGGCCUACGAUCGCUACCUUGCCAUCUGCAGACCUCUCCACUACACCACCCUCAUGAACAGGCGCGUGUGUGGCCGGAUGGUGAUGGGCUCGUGGGUAGGAGGCUUUGUGCACUCCAUAGUGCAGACUGUUCUAACCACUCAGCUCCCCUUCUGUGGCCCUCACAAAAUUGACCACUACUUUUGUGAUGUCCACCCCCUACUACAGCUGGCCUGUACUGACACCUCCACUGUGGGCAUCAUUGUUGUUGCCAACAGCGGAAUGAUAACUCUGAGCUGUUUCUUCAUCCUUGUCAUGUCCUAUGUUGUCAUCCUGGUUUCCUUGAGAAGUCAAACAUCAGAAGGGCGGCACAAGGCCCUCUCCACCUGUGGGUCCCACAUUGCUGUGGUGAUUCUGUUCUUUGGGCCGUGCACAUUCAUCUACAUACGUCCGUCCAGCAAUCUGUCGGAGGACAAGAGCGUGGCUGUGUUUUACACUGUCAUCACCCCCAUGCUGAACCCUCUCAUCUACACGCUAAGAAAUGAGGAGGUGAAGAGUGCCAUAAGAAAACUGUGGAGUAGAAAAGUGGGAAGUGAAAAUGGAAAGGUGUAG